AUGGGAACUACACUGCCAGGAAUCAAUCAACUACCGAGCUUACAAGCUUUCUCGAUGAACAAAGAGAACAGAGCCUUUAAUCAUUAUCACCAUUAUAGUGUUGUUGGUGGGAGUCCAUCAUCUAUAUCUUCUUCACGUGAUAACUACUUUGAAUAUAAACCAACAUCUUCAACUUCUGGCGUUGCUGCUGGAGGUUUCAGUCCAAGUGAUUCAACUGCUCCACCAUUAUUACACUAUAGUUCAGCACCAAAUUAUUCAUACAGUGGUGAUAAUCAUCAUCAACAUCAACAACAUCACCAUGUAACAAGUAUACAGCAAGGUGGAUUACGUACUUUAACUUCACAACCUCAAUAUGUUUAUUCAAACAAUAAUACCCAUAAACCAAGCUUGAACAAUUUACUAUAUCAACAACCACAACCAUUAGUUUCACCUUUAGAAGCUCAAUCAUCCAUUAAACCAUUAAGAGCACAAUCUUAUGAUGCUGGUAAUCUAAGAUUACCUUCAAUUCAAGAAUUAGUUGCACCAACAUCUCAACCUAUUCAACAACCACAACAACAACAAGUACACAUGCACCCAGGAUUACAAGUGUUAAAUCAACAAAUACCGAGUGCUCCACAUCAACAUUAUAAUUCAUCAAAUUCAGCUCAUACAAUUCAUCAUAUUGGUCAUAUUCAACCUAAAAAAAUUAGAAAAAGAACAAGAACAGGUUGUUUGACUUGUAGAAAGAGAAGAAUCAAAUGUGAUGAAAGAAAACCAUCAUGUAUGAACUGUGAAAAGUCUAAGAAAUGUUGUGCAGGUUAUGUUGAUAUUACAACAAAGAAGAAGAAGUGA